AAACUUUCAUGAAAUUUCAAUAUUCAUAAAAGAAAAAAAAUGCCACUUUUUGAGAAUUUCAAUACAACAAAUCAAACUUCACCACAUUUUGAGAGACAUGAAAGUUUUGUCAGUAAUGUACUCCGUAUACCAUGUUCUCUUAUCCUAAUUUUACCACCAAAUGAGCGCUGUGCCUACGUUGAAGAAUAUCCUGAGGAAUGUAAAACUGCAAAUUUUCUAUUUGACUAUAUGCACCUUUAUUACUGUGUCAUAAGAUUUCCAUGGGAACCAUUGACCACAUUUAUUGGGAUACUGGUUUUAGUUUUUGUUAUUAUGAUUUUGUUUAUGAUUUUAUACAAUAGCGCGGACAAUUUUUUUUGUCCGUCUCUGCAAUCGCUCUCGAAUUUACUUGGACUUAAUGAAAAUGUCGCUGGAGUUACAUUAUUAGCUUUUGGUAAUGCUGCCCCAGAUGCUUUCACUAGUUUUGCUAGCUUAAUAUUUGAAGAGCGCGUUAUAUAUUCUGAUGUAUUUGCAAGUAUGUGCUUUGUGUAUAUGUUCGUCGGAGGGGCGAUCGUUGUUAGUAUGCCAUUUAAUAUUCGGCCCUCAAUUUUUUUGCGAGAUAUUGGUUUCCUUUUGCUUACCGUGCUUUAUUUAGGUGAAAUUCUUGGAACUAAAAAAAAGGUUUCUCUGAUCCAAGCAAUAUCCAUUUUAUCCAUUUACAUAAUAUAUAUAAUAGCAGUGAUCGUAGAUCAAUAUCUGGCGAAAUAUGUUGCAAAAAAAGUGGAUGAAAGAAUGGAAAAAUUAAACACAUUUAAUAUUAGUGAAAAGACUCAACUUGAUGAUUUACUCACUGAUGUCGGUCUUAAUGACAAAGCAUUGCCUAAAAGCGAGGAAUCAGGUGAUGAACCACCACAAUAUUCUUUUUUGGGACAGUUUUUCUUAACUAUAAGUCCAUUUAAAAUUGAUGACUGGAAAUCAUCUCAUUGCUUUUCACGUUUGAUCAUGAUUAUUUCAAUACCUAUUAUCCUGCCUUUAAAAAUUUUUAUACCUGUGGUAAAUGACGAAUUGCCUCUAAUCGGCUGGUCCAGGUUGUUAAACAGCAUCCAGACCAUUAUUUUACCGACAUUAUUUACAUAUAUCAUUUUUUCACCUUAUUAUUUAUAUGUGCUAGCCGCUACUUCUCCGUUCGGAAUUUUAUUAUUUAUUUUUACAAAAACAAAUACUGUGCCCUACUUUUUUUCUUUUUAUUCAAUUCUCGGGGUAUUUGGUUCUAUAUUUGUUAUUUACUCGGUUGCUCAAGAAAUUAUAAGCGUCUUGGCAGUGAUUGGCUACUCUUCUCAAUGUAGCAAUUCUUUUCUUGGCUGCACUUUGCUGGCAUGGGGUAAUAGCAUUGGAGAUUUGAUAACGAACACGACCAUGGCAAGAUAUGGCUAUCCGAAGAUGGCGUUUGCUGCUUGUUUCGGUGGACCAUUAAUAGCUUCACUUGUUUGCAUUGGCGGUACGACAACAGCCCGAAUACUAGCUACCGGUGCUCCUUGCGAAAUAGCGAAAGGUUUAUUUGGAGAGAAUUCUGAAGUCUUUCUUGUGCUUUGCUUAAUUUUUUCAAUAUUGGCUCUAACUACAACUAAUUUCCAUAUGCGUCGAUGUGUAGGUGUAUUCAUGAUUUCACUAUAUGUUUUAUACGUUAUUUUUACUGUUUUAUGUGAAUUUCAAGUCAUUCACCCAUAUGGAACAGAUCACAGUUUAGAUGCCAAAAUAGAACCAGGAAACCUUUAAUUUUUAUAAUAAAAUUAUAU